AUGGAAGUUUUAUUUAUCCUCCAUCAAAGAACUUUCAUUGUUUUACUUCUUCUUUACCUGACAGAAGGUGCAGCUGCUGUAAAAUUGAAAAUGCCAUCAUACGCCACUUUGAACUCAGUGAACCUGAGAAUAACAUAUCUUUCUGUAUCUACUCUCUCUUUCCCUGUCUCUCCCCCUCUCUCUUUCUCACUGUCUCGUAGUGACUUCUCCCUCCGUCUACCUGUAACUUCUCUCUCUGUCUUCUCUAUUUUUCUCUCGCUAUUUUUUAUCUCUGUAUCACUUUCUAUCUCUCUCUAUUCUCUCUCUCUCUCUCUCUGUCACUAUAUCUAUCUGUAUAUUCUCUCCCCCCCUCUCUCUCUCUCUCUCUCUGUCUUUUUCUGUUUCACACUCUCUGUGUCUUUUCUAUCUCUUCCACUCGUACAACUUUCAGCGACACACAGACAAAAGAACAUGUUAUUUCUCCUUUUCUCUUGUCUUCUCUAUUUGUCUCUCUUUCACACCUUCUCACUCUCACUCUCUCUUUCUCUCGCUCUUUCUCUCUCUCUCUCUCUCUCUCUCUCUCUCUCUAUCUAUCUAUCUAUCUAUCUAUCUAUCUAUCUAUCUACCUAUUAUCUCUCAAAUAAUAAAUCAAUGAAUCUUCCCUCUCUUUUUCAUUUUUUCAUUGUAAAUGUAGUUGGCAUGUGCAACAGUCAUCAAUGUUGUAUGUUUCAUCUUCAUGCUUCCUUUCCAGAAAUGUCCACAACUGCAGCUCCUUUUACCCAACAACCUGUUAAAGAGGUCAACUCUGACGGAUCUGCGCAAAGACGUUCUGUGACAUUUGUCCUUUCUCAAGUCAACUGUCAUGAUUUUACAUGGUACGUGUGUCGUGGGAUUGUAGCUGAAAAUGGUCUUCCUGUAGAUUCUAAGAACAUCACAUUACAAGCUUUGCCAGCAAUUGCUAACCUCAUGAAAACAUCAUCUGAGCUAGUUCCCAAUCAGAUAUCUACAUUUACGUGCAGAGGAACCAUUCAAAAAGAAGGUCCUUUUUCUGAGGACAAAAAGGGUCAAGUGAAUCCUGCUUUGGAGGAUAAACCCGAUGAUGACAUCGCUCCCCAUAAAAUGAAUGCCCCCUUCGAAAUAUGGACAGACUUCUGGGGGUCACUAACCCUGUAA